AUGAAGACCCUCUCCUUAGUUGUACUUUCGGUCAUCCUUUCGGUCACUGCUUCUCCUCUCGGAGAUCGUGCAGUUUUCCGCAGGCACAGGGGUGCUCCUCUCGCUCGUCGCCACAUCCUUCAGAGUCGCACUGACGCACCUGCAGCAUGUGCUGCCCUUGCGCCUCCCCCGCCAUCUGCAACGACCACAGCGCCGGAUCUAUCGUCAACUGAUAUCCCUGUCGACCCAACCGCUGCCGAUAACUCGACUGACACUACCGACCCCAGCCUCGCGUCGAACACUACAGUUGCUGACCCCACCGCUACUGACAACUCUACUGCCACUACCAACUCUACAGCAACCCGUCGCUUCUGGGCUCGUGGGUUCCACGGCUCUGGGUUCCACGGCGGUUUCUCUUCCUUCGACUCCUCUUCCUUCUCCGAAGAGACCACCGUCUCUGUUUCCUUCGAAGAGACCGUUUCUACCUUCGUCGAGACCUGGGAAGAUCUCUGCCUCGUUAGCGGCGGCGACAUCUUCACUGGCGACCCGUGCAACAGCCUUGCUGGUGACUUUGGCAUUGAUGCCCUCUCAGAGCAUGCAGAUGCCUGCGAUCAGCUCGACAUCGCUGACCGCAUGAUCACAUUCGCCAAGUCCCGCGGAAUCAGGAACAAGGAUGCGUUGAUCAAACACGCUUUGAGCUUCCGUGCCCACCCCAGAAACGCCGUUGAGGUCCUGGGUGUUAUUCCGUCCAGCCUUUACUGUCUGAGGGCCCCAAUCAACCCUGAACUGGUCGGUAUUUACAACGAGCAAAUCGAAGGUGUCAACCCAGGCAUCUUCGGUUCGCCCAGCGUCCCUCUCGUUCCUUUCGGCUCCAGCGGAACCUGCCCCCUCGGCAUGACUGCUGAUAUGUCAUCCUGUGGUUGCACUGGAAGCGACGGUACCACCGACAACACUGCUGAUGAAUCUGCUGACAGCACCGACGACUCGACCGACAGCACCGACGAUUCGACCGACAGCACUGACGAUUCGGCUGACUCUACCGAUUCUACCGACUCCUCUGAUGCUACAGCCACUGACAGCGCUGACGCCUCUGCUGCUACCGACGCCACCUCCACCGAUAGCGCUGACGCAUCUGUUUCUACUGAUGCUACCUCCACCGACUCUUCUGCAGCUGCCCCUCCACCCACCGAUACCGCGACUGGCCCCAACUUCCAGCCCACCGAUAUCUCUGGAAAUGUCAACGACCCUGCGGGUAGGCGCAAAUAA